UUUUCUUUACUGUUUUAGACUCCUUUGUACAAAAUUAGCUUCUCCUUUUAUUCUCAUGGUAAAGUUAACCCUUUGACUCUUGAGUUUCUUUUCUACAAUGGUCACUGUCUGUCAAACUUGUGGUGAUGUAGGGUUCUCUAUGAGUUUUAUUCACUGCGAGAAGUGUCAAGAUUAUGCCGUGCAUCGAUAUUGUCUUGAUGUAUUACCAGAAACUUUUGAUGAAUAUGUUGCUUGGUUCUGCGAAGACUGUAAGCCUUAUGUUGAAAAGCAAUCUUCCCUCGAUAAAUCGAGGGAAAGAUGUGAGAAGAAUAGAAAGGACAUUGCUUGUCACUUUACUUCUCUAGCUAAUAAGGAGAUGCAGUUAAGCAGAAGUAGCUCUUCCUUUCAUGACCAGGCACAGUGCAGCGAGGAUAGCGAUACGGAUUCCAUGCUCAUCGGACAGCAGGAUAGUGUUAAGAGUUUCUAUCCCCUUACCUUUGACAAUAGUCAUUUGGAGAUGUUGCAAUCGAAAAGUCCAGCAGAGCCAUUGGUGUCACACCCAACUAGGAAAAGGAAAGUUAGAGGCCCAACAAGGCUGUUGCAUCUUGAUGGUGCAGAGCGUGAAGUCCUUGAAUAUAAUAAUAAGGGUCAGGCAAUAGGUAAAGCUUCCGUGAAAAUGAGUAGCUAUCUUGGUGUUUUGAGUCGGUCUUUGGUCCCGAUAGCAUACAAAAAUUGGACUAAGGUGCCAAAGGAGCUGAAGGAUAAAAUAUGGAGUUAUGUGAAGAAGGCAUAUAUUGUGGAUCCAAAGAGCAAAAGUAGUGUUCUCUCUUCGGCUUCAAAUUCAUGGAAAAAUUUCAAGAACAUGCUUACCACGAAAUACAUAGUUCCUUUUAAGGAUCAACCUGAACUCCUUAAACACCCACCUGAAGACUACAGUUUCAUCAAGCAAAAGCAUUGGGGCGAGUUCGUAAGGUUCAGACUAUCAGAGGAAUUUCUUAAGCUCAGUCAACUUCAGAAAGAGAGGCAGGCCAAAAAUAAAUACAGGCACAGACUAGGCCGGAAAGGGUAUGCUCGUCUCAGGGAAGAAUUAAAACAAUCUUUGGGGAUGACCAACGAGAUGGACAAAAGCGUUCUACAGAAAUGUCACAAGAAUAAAAAGGCAAGAUUUGUAGAAAAAGAAGAUAAUGAAUGUGCUGAUAAGGCUCAAUGUAGUGAGAAUAGUGAUAGAGAUUGGGAGCUUCGAGAACGGCAGGAAAUAGUGGUUCUUGAUGAUGAACAGCUGAAUGAAUCUGAGGAAACUUGUCUUCAUCCUCAACCUUUCAUUGAGCCAAUAUGCAGUAAUGAUCAUUUAGACAUCUUGCAAACGGACAAUGAAGAGAGUGUAGCAGGAUCAUUGCUGACAAACCAAACUUCUAGGGAAAAGAAAGUUAGAGGUCCAACAAAGCUUUUGCAUCUUGUAAGUAAUGGCGUAAAGCGUGAAGUUGUGAAAUACAAUUGUAAGGGUCAAGCAAUAGGUAAAGCUUCAGUGAAAAUGAGUAGCUAUCUUGGUGUUUUGGGUCGGUCUCUAGUCCCAAUAACGUACAAAAACUGGGCUCAUGUGCCAAAGGAGCUGAAAGACAAAAUAUGGAGCUAUGUGAUGAGGACAUAUAUUGUGGAUCCAAAGAGCAAAAGCAGUGUCCUGUCUUCAGCUUCAAGUUCAUGGAAAAAUUUCAAGAGCUAUCUCACCACUAAAUACAUAGUUCCUUUUAAGGAUCAACCGGAACUCCUUAAAAACCCACCUAAAGACUAUAAUUUCAUCAAGCAAAAGCAUUGGGACGAGUUCGUAAGGUCCAGACUAUCAGAGGAAUUUCUUAAGCUCAGUCAACUUCAGAAAGAGAGGCGGACCAAAAAUAAAUACAAGCACAGACUAGGCCGGAAAGGGUUUGCUCGUCUCCAGGAAGAAUUAAAACGUUCUUUGGGAAUGACCGACGAGAUUGAUAGAAGCAUUUUAUGGAAAGAAGGUCAUAAGAACAAAAAUGGAGAAUAUGUGGAGAAAGAAGCCAAAGAAUGUGCUGAUAAAAUUGAUAAGUUAACCAAGUUAGUCCAGGAGGGCAUUGUAGCGAAUGCAGGGCGCGAUGAUAUCCUUGGUAUGGCUUUGGGUACUGCUGAACAUUCUAGUCAGGUGAGAGGUGUAGGACAUUCCGUCACUCCAAAAUCCUUCUUCGGUCGACCCUCCGAGCAUCGAUACGCUCAAACGGAGGAAGAACAAAAAAGGAUGGCUCUACAAAUCGAUACACUGCAACGAGAUGUCAGAGCGUUAAGACAACUUUGCUCUAAACCAUCUACAUCCCAACAUGAGAGCACAAACUGCGGUACCUCUAAUGUCGACGAUUCUCAGGAGGCGGCGACUAAGAUAAUCUAUUAUAGUUGUCUUGCGACUUAUAAAUAGCAAAAACUUUU